GGCCUACACAUAACAGUGAUCUCCAAGCUCCAUUGUCUCUACAACUUCCCAUAGUAUAUCGGAAAACAAACAUGAAGUCGGGAAUACUGCUUCUUCUGUCCGCACUCAUGUGUGUGCUUGAACAAGGUACAUGCCAGCUGUGCUACUCCUGUUUGACACAAGGCAGCAGCGUUGAAACCUCGCCAGACUUGACCGAGUGUGGUACUGUCAAUUGCCAUGUUUUUGGAGGAUGUGCGAAGCUUCAACUCAGUGCUGUGUCCACAAGCCAACAAGGUGUAAACGAGACGACCUUCAUCACCUACCGGGACUGCGGGACCAACCUCAACCGAUGUGGUCCCAUCAGCCAAGAAAGUCUCGACCAGCACUCCGCCCUCGCAAUAAUCAUACGAGCGAGGUAUACCAACGUCAACUUCGCCAACGGAAGGGCUUGCAACUGCAAUAAAGAUUUGUGCAACAGCGCCAUCUCAAGUCGGAUGUCGUCGCAGUAUCUUCUUCUCGUUCUUGUAACAUUUACAUUUGCUGGUUUAUAUGCGAUGGGUUAAGAUUUUCUUUAGCCCAUAUUACCAAUCUAAAGUUACAAGAGUAGAUAUUCGUCACUAGAUCGUGUUUAAUGGUCGGGAAAUGUUGGAAUGUGCAAAUAGGAAGGCAUUACUUCUCUAUCAAUAAUCGUUUUGAAAAAUAUUAAAUUAGUCAGAUUCAACACCA